GUAAUAGUUUAGUGACGAACAAAUCAGCAGGUUCUGGAGGAGCAUUUCUUGGGGAAAGAACUAAAAUGAUUCCGAUAAACUGUUGGCUGGGCAAAGAACGGAACCAAAGGCGUGUCCUGAUAUUGAACUUUCCUACAUGAAGCAAUUCAGAUUAAUGCUGUCCUCCAGCUUACAUAAGGGACAGAGGAAACGGGCCAAAAGGAUAUAUGAAGCAACAGAAAAAAGAACGAAGGAAACGGUAGCUCCCGAAAAAUAAUCUCAGGCGUGACUUCAGGACUUUGAGAAAGAUCCCAACCAAAACCUUCUGAGCUCAGCUUUGAAGGGACACCAUGGCUAGCCAAACCCAGGACUACACAGAAGCCCUAUACAACCAUAAGGAGGUCUUCUAUAGGUACCCCUUGAGGCUGGUCCAUGGAAUCCCCCUGAUGGAACCCAUCGCUCAACAGUGGGAUCCUAUUGAAAACUUCCAGGCACGGCCGGAUGAUCUCCUCAUCUCUACUUAUCCCAAAGCAGGUACCACAUGGAUGCAAGAAAUUGUCGACUUGGUCCUUGCCAGGGGUGAUGUGGAAAAAGCCCGUCGAGCCCCCACAUAUAUCCGGAUCCCAUUCCUAGAGAUCUGCUCCCCGCCCCCUGUGCCUUCAGGGAUUAGUUACCUGGUGGAUGCUCCAUCUCCUCGUGUGAUCAAAACCCACCUCCCCUUUCAACUUGUUCCUAAAAGUUUUUGGGAAAACAACUGCAAAGUGAUUUACGUGGCUCGUAAUGCCAAGGACAACGUGGUCUCUUAUUUCUUCUUUGACCAGAUGAAUGUGACACAGCCGGAACCGGGGCCAUGGGAAGGCUACAUUAAGAAAUUCAUGGAAGGCGAAGUUGCCUGGGGCUCAUGGUAUGAUCAUGUCCGACGAUACUGGGAUGAGAAAGAAAAACAUAAAAUCCUGUAUGUCUUCUAUGAAGAUAUGAAAGAGGACUUGGCCCAGGAGGUUCGCCGCGUGAUGAAAUUCCUUGAAGUCGACCUGUCUGAAGAAAUUGUUCAAAAGAUUGUCCAUCACACUUCAUUCCAAGUCAUGAAGGACAAUCCAAUGGCAAAUUACAGCUCUGUCCCUGACUGUAUCUUUGACAAGGCAAAAGGCAAAUUUAUGAGGAAAGGUGAAGUUGGAGACUGGAAGAAUUAUUUCACAGUGGCUCAAAGGGAGGCAUUUGAUGCAGAUUACCAGCUCAAGAUGAAAGGCACAACUUUACAUUUCCGGGAUGAAUUAAGCAGCGGUCUCCGGCCAUGAAGUCAGCUUUCACUUACGCAACCCCAUGAAUGAGAGACCUACAACAGAGCCUAUUAUUAACAGCCUUGCUCAGAUCUUUAAACUCAGAUCUCUGCCUUCCUUUAUAGAGUCAAUCCAUUUCUAAUAGCCUGCGGGUAACUGAGUUGUAAAUAAUACUACAGCAAUAAACAUUACUAUGACCUCCAUCAAACAUAAGGCAUUUAACCAAAGAACAGGAAAUGUUGUUUGGCACAAAGACCCAUACUACAGAUCAUGAAAUAUAUCUGGCUUCAAGGAAUAAA